AUGUCACUGCAACCAAACGAAAUCAAUCGCAUCCACAAGGCUUCUCGUGCUCUUCCACCAAGAGCCGUUGCUGAUUUUUUAAUUUCAGUAUGCCUAACCCACGCAUCCGACGUUUUCUUUUAUUUCGACCACGCCCAGUUUUUAGCCGACGUUGAUCAACUCUACACGAAUUCCGCAUCUCAACUCCGAUUGGAUAGCGGAUUCGUUUGUCUGGUCCUUUCAGUUCUCGCACUGGGCAGUCAGUGGACAGAAAUAGAACGGCCGGCGGGUUUCCCUGCCAAUGUACUCCCCGAUGGCGGGGAUCCUGGACGGAUAUUCUACGAAGAAUCCCGGUUACUUAUCCCCGACCUCAUGGAUCGUACAUCUUUGACUUCUAUCCAAGCACCCUUCAUUCUGGGAGUAUACUCACUGCCAGACAGAGCGCCAGGGUCAGCAUACUCUUAUAUGGGGCUAGCUCUGCGCAAAGCUGUUGCACUUGAGAUCCAUCAGCAGACAGAUGAUUCAAGGAUUUCUGAGCACGAGAAGCAGAUCCACCGCCGCUUAUGGUGGUCUGUAUAUUCGCUAGAGCGGACUACUGCCGUAAAGCUAAAUCGACCACGAUCCAUUGAUCCUGGGGCAAUUAGUACGCCGCUCCCAGCUCCCUUGCCUUCUUUGGAUCGCACACAAGCGGUGGACAAUAUCCAACACCAGAUAGCGUAUGCAGACUUGGUGAGGAUUAUUGAUCGGGUUGCUGACAUGGGUAGUAAACCGCGCGAGAAUGCCCAAAUCGAUGCCUUGCAACUGGAGCUGCAAACCUGGAAGCAAAACCUGCCUUCAUCCCUGACAAUAGACAGCCUCCAACCAAAAGAAGAUGGCUAUCGCCUUGCCUUCCACCUCCGGCUCAACUAUCUCUACGCCUGGAUAGUCCUCGGCAAGGGCUCCCUCCUCAGCACCAUCCAAGCCCAGGUCCGACACCAUAAGCAAAAUUCCCACACAGUGGUAGUGAAUGGCGGCACUCCAGCUUUCGAUUCACUAGCCCUAUCCUGCGUAAAGGCCAGCAAAACAAUACUCCACCUCUUCGAACACCUCUCACACAAUAAUCUCAUCUUCCGCUUCUCCUUCACCGACUUCCAAGGCUGCAGUAUCGCAACCAUCGUGGCCAUCGUGGCCGGUAUCAUCGAGCGAGACUCGGAAUAUGAAACCCGUGUUGCCUUUGGGCUGAACUACCUGCGUACAAUGGCGCUUGGUAAUCUACCCGCCGAAGUUGGUGUGCGGUUUAUUGAGGCCUUGCACGCUAUUUCUAAUGAGGCUUUUACGAAACUUGGGAGUGUGUCCUCCCCAGGUGGUAAAAACGAUCAGGGACAGGGAAUCCAGCAAGGAACCCGCUACGCGGCUGGGUAUAGUCAAUGGGCACAGUGGGUGUCGUCAAAGGCCAACCUAGGCACUGAGCAGCAGCGGAGCGUUCCAUUCGAGGUCUCGGAUUCUAAUUUUGGAUCGGCUAUGCCAACUACCACUAUAGCGGAAUUUAGUGAGAACGACCUUCCGAAAUGGACAGGGUCGGAAGCUCAUCAAGACCUGUCUAAUGCAGGCACUGUUGACUCGCCACAGCUAUCUCUUGAUGUAGACCCGCAGAUGAUUUGGAGCCAUGAUGAUCAGAUGGCGCUGAUGGGGUUGACUGGUUUGGACAUGUUGGAAUUCGAGGCGAUUCCGUUGCAUGUAAAUAAUCCAUAUUGA